AUUUACAACUGAUCGUCAGGAUCAGAUUAUUUCCUGAACAGAGAGUGCUUCAUUUUCACGUUGUCAUUUUCGUCACCCUGUUGUAAUUGUGAGCUCAGGAACGAUUUAUCCCAAAUUGGCCUUCUUGAGUUUGGCAAGGGCAAUUUUGAAGGGAGGAAGAUUGCUUAGUCCAUCCCAUCCACAUCUCCACCCAACCUUAAGAGAUUCAGCUACUACUUACUUUGGAAGUCGUUUGGUGUGAGCCAUUCUGAUCCUGUUGACAGAGACCUGCAGCUGCAAUUAUUUUCCCCUUCAACAAAUGUUUUGGAAAUUUCUAUUGAAAUAACAUCACCAGAUCUAAAACUACCAAGAAUCAGAGGCUCCGUUACUGAAAGUGAAGGAUCCAGCAUAAGUAAAUGCAUUUAUUAAGCAUGCAUUUGCAAAUUGAAUUAAUACUUUUUAUCAUUUUUGCAACACACCAAAUUAAUGGGAACAAAGAUGGUGUUGCAAUAGAGAAUACUCGAGAGAGGGAAAGUAAUAUUGCAUCUGCAGAGUCUCUGAAUGCAACAAACAACCGACAAUCCUCAACCAUUGGAAGGAUAGUCAACUGGACUGCCAAGUACCGGGCCAAAAGGUCAACCUUUUUCCCAAAUGGAGUUAAAGUUUGCACCACAGAAUCAAUGCGGCAGAUCAUGGCCAGUCACCUUGCAUAUUACAAGUUAAAGGUUUGCCAGGAAGCCGUCUGGGAAGCAUUUCGGAUUUUCUUGGACAGAAUUCCAGAGAAUGAAGAGUACCAGCAAUGGGUCAAUAUUUGUCAGCGAGAAACACAUUAUCUAUUCCAGAUUGGGCAAAACUUCAGUGAAUCCCAAGAACAUCUAACCAUGGUUCAAAAGAGACUGCGUAUCCAAGAUAGUGAUCUUCAACCAAGUAUUCCUGUGGAUAAUCAGCCAGGUGAACUCACUACACUAACAGCAGAGAUCCCUGCUGUCCCAGUGUCAAAAACCACAUCAAUUCCAGACAUUGUGGUCUCUAAUGAGAUUGUGAAUGAAACUAAAAUUCCUGUUAAGGAUCUGCAUGUAACCAACAUUGUCCCAGAGCAGUCAUCAGAACAGGUUGUGGAGUUCAGCAUUAAACUCAACAAUCAAAGUUAUAGCAGAGAGUUGAGUGAGCCGAACUCACUCGAGUAUCAGGAACUUAUCCGAAGGUUUGAGAUUCAGAUGCGGAAUCUUUUUGAAAUCCAGCCAGGAUUCAAAGAAAUUCAAGUAUUAGGAUCUAGUGAGGAUGGUCACAUGAUUCACUUUGCCGCCAUCUUUGAUAAGAGGGCAGCCACACUGAGUGACAUUCGGAAUGAUGUGCUAAACAUCGGCUCCAAUAAAGUCGAGAAUGGAGACUUGCUGUUUGAGCCACAAGAGGAGCUCCUAGAAAAACCAUUGGCCACUAUAACAGUAACCAGAUUUCAGGACAUGGUUGCCAUGGCACUACUCAAUGAUACGUCUUUUUCAAUGGAUCCAAGUUCAAUUCGAUUUACUCAAGCCUCUGAUGAUCUCGACCAAUUGGCUCCCAACUUGGAUCCGACUCCCACCGAACUGGAGAGUCAUUUAAGUCCAGCGAUCACUGGAGAUUUUGUGGAGGACAAGUUGAUGGAGAAGAUUCCAGCCAUCCCUUCAGAAGGAAAACUUGAUGAAACCAUUAAUGAAGUCAUAACUGAUACCAUAGUACAGGUUACACGGAUAGAUCCCACCCAAACUGGAGCCACUAGUGUCCCAGAUGAUCUGCCAAGUCAACUACUUGUGACAGAAACAUUACUUAAUGUCCCACUGGAAACAUUCUUAGAUAAAGAGACCACAUCUGUGCCACCGACUAGUUCUAAUGGAGGUGUGACUGAAAGUGGACACCAGAUCAGUAGUCUGACAUUUACAACCACGGUUGUAAUGACUGGUGAUCUCUUAGUUACAGAAGAGAUUAGCAUAUCCACCUCUGUUUCAUCUGAUAUGCAACAGAUGACUAUGGAUGAAAACAUAACUGGUGUCAUAGUUUCUGCUACAGAUCAGCCCGAAUACAUGGUAGAGACCAAACCAACAAUUACUGAAGGAACCAUCAGUGACAUGGCUACCUCAACUGUACAGGUUGAACACAUGCAGGAAACUGAACUACAUUGGGAAAUGGAAGAGGAUGUUGCUACUGAUAAGGUUAUUGGUAGGGCUACAUCUCCUCCAACUGUGCAAUCUGAGCACAAAGAAGAAAUAAAGGAGGAUGUUACGCUGGAUGAAAAUUUAAUUAGUACCACAGAUUCUGCUGUACAGCCUGAACAUUCCCAUUCAGCUGCACAGGUUAUCACCGAGGAGACAGAAGGCUUUGCUGCUCGGAACAUCACAGAAUCUCCUACUGCACAGCCAGUCAAUCAGAAUCUGUCCUUGGAUGCACAGAUUCAGCAACUAGCAGAACAACACCACAGCAAUACAUUGCCUCCUUACAUAAAGGAAGCCCUUCCACACCAGGAUGAAGAAAAUGUGGAGUCAAACAUUAUUGAACAAGCACAGCAGUCCAGCGAAAUCAUUCACACUACAAUCUAUCCAUUUAUUUUCAAUCAGGAGACAAUAUCUAAUACUAUGGCAGGAACUUCAAUAGAAGAUGACCAGGGCAUCAGUAUAACAAUCCCUCCAUCCCAGGAAACUACGAGUGACAAUGGAAUUGGAUCAAAAUUUGAUGCAGGAGCAAUUGAUAUCAGCAUAAUGCCAGGCUGGACAUCAUCACAAAUUGGUAUAAGUAAGGCAGAAGAAUCUCGACGUCAAUUUUUGACAGACCAUCCAUCUCCUCUUGACAGCUUAGGAGAAACAGCUGAAGAAAAUGUUGCCACACCAUUAUUAACAAGUGACAUCUCACAAGCCCAGAUGUCAGCAACAGACAGUUUGACAGAUCAAGAGCCCACUCCACUCAAAUUUACAACACCAAAAACAACAACCACUCAACGUAGAAACUCAUUAACAGGCUCUCCAGUUUCAUCCCUGCCAGUAGCUGUUAUGCUGCCAACCUCUGAACAGCUUCACUCUACAGGCAGGAGUCAGUUGGACGGUGAGACCAAUAUCUCUCCCAAUGUGCUGCUCACAACUGCUGCUCCUCAGAAUUCCAGUAAUGAAACUACAGGUUUUGAAACAGGAGAAGAAGAUAUUAGAGAUGAAUUUAUUAUUGGGGAUACAGAGACUGUAGGCAGCACAGACAUACUGGAUGGAGGUAAGCAUAGUACUUCCUCCAUCACAUCUCCGCCUCCUCUGAAAUAUUUAACAUCAAGCUCCUUGACGUCUGCUCCCUCUAAAGAACUGGUGGUGUUCUUCAGUUUACGAGUCACUAACAUGUUGUUUUCUGAAGACCUUUUCAAUAAGAGUUCCCCGGAAUACAGGACACUGGAACAACAAUUCCUUCAACUGUUGUUACCAUACUUGCAGACCAAUCUGACUGGAUUUAGACAACUGGAGAUUUUGAAUUUUCGGAAUGGCAGUAUUGUUGUAAACAGCAAGAUGAAGUUUGCCAAGUCUGUGCCAUACAACGUCACCCAAGCAGUCUACUGUGUCUUGGAAGACUUCUGUAAUGCAGCAGCCCAAAGGAAUAACCUGGAAAUCGACAGAUAUUCUCUGGAUGUGGAACCAGCUGAUCAAGCCGAUGCAUGUAAGUUCCAAGCAUGUAAUGAAUUUUCUGAGUGUCGUGUCAACAAACAGACCGAAGAAGCUGAGUGUGUGUGCUACCCUGGUUAUAUCAGUGUGGAUGGACUGCCCUGCCAGAGCAUCUGCAACCUCAGACCAAACUAUUGCCUCAACAAUGGCAGAUGUGAAAUAGAUCCAGAGAAGGGAGCUGUGUGCAGAUGCCACAUAGAUUCCGAAUGGUCUUAUCGAGGGGAAAACUGCAUUGAGCUCGAGUCUGAGCCGUUAAUUACCAUGGUUACUAUUGUGUCCAUUUUUGGUUUGCUGCUCCUUGUUUCAUCGAUUACUCUCAUCUUGCCAAAGAUAUUCCACAAAUCGAUGAAAAACAGGAAUGGUCAAUUACUACACAUCAAUGGCACUGAGGGCAAGGCAAAUGUUAAUCAAGCUUUCGAACAUGAUGAACCAUUGAUAGUUGACCAUCAGCCACCAACUGAUUCUUCCAGCAUGCCUAGCUGUUCCCGCACCACCACUGCUGCUGCAACACCCACUCAGGAAAAUCUGAACUUUAGCAAAGAGGUCACUGGAGUUCCUUUCAAAGCCUGGUCUGACAAGUUAGCAUUGAAAAGCACGCAAUCUGAAAAUUUUCCACAACCCAGAGAGCUUUGGACAUUACCAGAAUUGCAGGUGAAUAGUGCAUCUUUCCACAAUCUCCCGUCAAGAUGGAAAAUGGAGCCUCUUACUGAAGUGACCACUUUCUGAAGAACAGUUCAAUUACAGACAGCAUUCACAUGACACCCGAAGCCUCUGCCUUGUACAGUAGUUCUGAUGACUCCAUUCACUUGUAUUUCUGUAUUUUGAUAACUAUAUUGACUGCUAUGUAUUGAGGAAAUCAACGAUAUAGUAUACAUGGGGAAGGACUAAUUAAUAAUGUUCUUGAAGUAGACCUGUAAAGCUGAAAAUUUUUAAAAUCAAGAAAUGUAGUGUUAGAGUAGUAUGCAAGCAGCUAAUGUACACUUUACUACAUUACUCAAAAAAUAAUGAUUUCUUUGGCUCUAUCUGUUCCUCUUCCUGUGAGAGUUUCCUUUAAGCCUACCUCUUUGAUCAAUUGUUUUGGUUCUUUUCCUAAUACCAAUACCAAUGACAGUGCACUGUCAACAUUACUGUGAGGCACCUUAAAAUAUAUUACAAUGGAGAAGGUGAAGUGCUUUAAUAAAUGUAAGUUGUUAUUAUAAGCACAAUUCAUUAGGAUUUCUGACCUAACAGAAAAUAAUCAAAAUUGCUGCAAAUAUUGAAAUCAAUACUCCACGUAUGGGUUUAGUAAUUUCAAAAUCCUCAUUUCUCAUUUACCAAUCUCUCAAAAGCUCAUCAACAUGACCUUUCUGUAUCAAUGUAGCCUCAUGACUCAUCUAUCUCAAGCAUCUUGAACAUUUACCUUACCUUCCUCUUCCAUCCUACCAUCCAUGACAGAGCUUUCAGCUCCCAUGACCCUACUCUAUGGAACUUGUCUUUCUUCUCUCCCUCCUUUAAAGAGUCUUGGAAAACCAAUUUGACUAUGUUCCUACUUUUAAUUUCUCCAUUGAAGAUCAUUGUUCUUUCUUUAUUCUGCUCUUUUUCUAUAAAACGCCUUGGAAUAUUUUCUGUCAUUAAAGGUGUCACAUAAAUGCAAUUCCCUUGUCUGUAUGCUUGAUCGUUGUAAUGUAAUGUUUUGUACAAUCAUAGCAAGAAAAUGAUUUACUUGUGUUGAGAAUCAUACUUGUAAGAAAUAAACAUAUAUACAAAGUACUAAACCCAA